AUGACCGCAUUUUUGGCACGCAUCCUACGCCGGAAAAAAUUUGAAGCCAACCCGCUCGAUACUUCAUUGAAAAGAUGCCUCUCCACGUUCGAUAUUACGAUGAUUGGCGUCGGACAAACGAUGGGAGCCGGAAUUUAUGUGCUUACUGGUACCGUCAUUCGCAAUAUUGCCGGCCCAUCAGUCCCAUUGUCAUUUUUAUUAGCCGGGAUCGCUGCUUUUCUAUCGGCACUUUGUUAUGCUGAAUUUGGGUCUAGAUUUCCUAAAGCCGGAAGUGCAUACUCUUAUGCGUACAUUGGAUGUGGGGAGGUUUGGGCAUUUGUCAUUGGAUGGAACGUGAUUCUGGAAAACAUGCUCUCGGCAGCGGUCGUUGCUAGAGCGCUUUCCGGGUAUCUGAACGUCCUAUUCGAGGGUUGGAUCAAGAAGACGACAAUGGAGUAUCUCGGAUCGAUAGAUUAUAGCCUCUUUGCUGAUUACAUCGAUGUGUUCGCAUUUUUGAUCGCGCUUGGCAUGUGUAUCCUGAUGAUGGUCGGCGCCAAGGGGUCGACCACUUUCAACAGCUUCAACACGGUCAUCAAUAUUGCCAUGUUAGCCAUCGUCGCCGGAAUUGGCUUCUAUUAUGCUGAUUUGGGCAAUUGGAUGGGCACCACCCCAGAUGGCUCAUCCAAAUUCUUCCCCUACGGAAUUACGGGCACCCUGGCCGGGGCGUCGGCGUGCUUCUUCAGUUUCAUCGGCUUUGAUGGCUUGGCGACGGCGGGGGAGGAGGCUAAAAAUCCAAUUCGUUCCCUACCGCGAGCUACUUUUUACUGCAUGGCCACUGUCACCCUAGCCUAUAUUCUGGUGUCCGGCUCUCUGUCGUUGAUGGUACCGUAUACCGAGGUAGAUCCCGACGCCGCCUUCGUCGUCGCCUUCAAGCAAAAGGGCUCUACAGUAGCCGUGGUAGCGGUGACUAUUGGGGCGAUUUCCGGAAUGAUGGGAAGCAUGUUCGGAUCUCUCUUCGCCCUGCCCCGAUGCGUGUAUGCCAUGGCUCAGGACGGGUUGCUGUUUAGCUUUUUGGGUAAAGUGAAUGGGAGGACAAAGGUCCCCGUGAAUGCGAUCAUAGUCUUCGGUUUAAUCACAGCCGUCAUGGCGGCGCUUUUUAAC